AUGCGAAGCGUUGAUGGCGGUGCCAUCGGCCACUGCUCUUGUGUCGUCUGUACGACUAGGCAGCCGUGCUGCUGUAGCACGUGUGGAGAACGUUUGCCUCAUGGUGAUGCGCCGUGUCUAGCCGUUCUUGUACCACCAACCACCAUCGCGUCUUCAAACAAGUUGUCGUUCGGGGCCAAGCAAGUCCCCACGAUACGAGAAGAACAAGAAGGACGACAAGGUCGAGCCGUCCUUGUACCGUGCCGCUCGUGGCAAAGACCAAGCGAGUCACGACCUUCCACCGCCCGGCCCCCACCCCGACGACCCGACCUUCCGUUCCGAGAAGAGGACGACAAGGCACUACCACCAAAAGGUUUGGAGGAGGAUCACAGUGCGUUCGCGUGGGCCAAGAAGGGCGCGUGGAGGACUGUCGAGAAUGAAGACACGAAGGAGCAGAGGCUGAGGAACUGGUUCCGCAUCGGCUUCGAGCCGCUGUUUGUGGACUAUACCAAGGCUGGGUCCUGGUUUGCAGUGUACGCUCUAAUGGAGGCAGCUGUGAUAGCGGGCGUCGAAGUGUUGAUCGACAACAGCCAGGUGCAACUGCUGAUUUUCCUGGGGUUGAACGUGGUGCAGCUCGUUCUUGUGGUGCGCCUCACGCCUUUUGCCAACAGGGUGGUCGAGUCCAUGGCGGCGUGCCGGGUGGGUGUCUGCCGUGGCGCCCGGAACGACCAAACACAGUGGCACAACUGACUCUGUGUAUAAUAGGUGACACAGCUACGCGCCGAAGAAUACCGAUGACUGUACGUUUAUGUGUCAACACAAUUUUACCAGUCGAGCAUAGCGUAUCAUUGAGCACUAUGCCGUCCCAUCAAUUUCGUUACCAUCUGCAUGUGCGAUAGAUUCGGGAAUUGGAGAUGAUUCGCGUAUAUAUCCUUUGGAUUUGAACGAUGGAUGGUUCUUGGAUACUGACUUGUAACAUUUGGGAUUGCCGUGUUACCUGGCAUAUUGUGAAGAGGGUCUCUUUCGUAGAUUGUAUCUCGGACCGCCACAUAGUUGGACAGUUUGAAUACUCGGUGGGGAACUGAUGUCUACGGAGCCCACGGGGGGCGACGGGUGGAUGAUUUGGGUUAUGGUGUAAAUGUCGAGCAAGCUUCUCUUGCCUCGCUCAUGUCUCCCACUUGUUAACUUCGUUCAUCGGCAAGGAAGUCGAGUCACUCCUCUUCUGUGCACAACGCUUUCGAGAAGAGGCUGUGAGCAUGAUAAGUUGUACACGCGCCGACACCCAAGCAAAGGCAACAAUGAAAUUGGAAGGCA